GCACCGUGUCGGAGAUGGUGGAGCUACUGUUAUUGCACGGCGCAGCCAUCGAUGCUGUCAACAAUGAUAAAGAAUGUGCUCUUCAUUUGGCUGCGCUGCUUGGCUACCAUGAGAUCUGCACCUUUCUUCUGGACGCUGGUGCUUCUAUACAUGUAGUCGACAAGGAUGGAAACACGCCCUUACAUUACGCGGUAAAAAACGACGAGUCGGAGAUGGCGGAUCUACUGUUAUCGCGAGGCGCGGCUAUCAAUUCUGUUAACAACGACAGAUGUAGUGCUCUGCAUAUGGCAGUUUGCCAGCAGUACAUGCAAUGCGUGAGAGUGCUGUUGCGUUAUCAUUGCGACGUCAAUCUCCAGAACUUGGAUGGCAACACAGCAUUGCAUGAAUUGCUUGAUGACCCUGUGUCGACGCGGAAAGUGAAGCUGGACAUAAUCGACGCGUUAUGCUCCUCCGGGAGGGUCGAUUUCACGCUGAGGAACGAAUUCGGUUGCAACAUCCUACAUAUCGCCGCGCUCAGGGGCAACGCUGAUGCAAUGGAAAGGCUGGUUACACACGCGCAUCACUUGGUGGAUGUGCAAAUGGAGGACGGAAACGCAGCGUUGCAUUUAGCGGCUUCGAAAGGGCACAGGGAAGUCGCGGCCAUUCUCCUCUCGCAGAAUGGCGGCCGCGCCAAGGUCGAUCUGCGCAACAAUCUAGGUCAAACGCCGUUGUGCUUAGCGGCUUUGCAUAAACAUUGGCCGCUUGUCGAGCUGCUCGCGCAUCAGAAAAUUGCGAAUUUUGAUGAAACGAAUAUGUGCAAAAUCUGCAUGGAGCGUCGUCGUAAC